CCGUGGUCACGCUGAAGCAGGCAGCAAAUGCGAUCAUCCAUAUCGACAAUAACAACACAGCUGCAGAUAUGACUGUUUAUGCCGUCACUGUGUUCCUGUUAUUUAUAUUUACCUGUUAUUUUUGUCUUGACGACACUGACAUCCGUUUUUUGCAAGUUCAGAGAACGAAAUCAAUUUUUGCAGAUCCUGACCUUCCGAUAUCACAUUAUCCCUUUUUUUUUCAUGGUGAAACUAAAGAGGCCGAUAAGUGCAGAUAUGCUCCAUCAUGCCCUUAUAAGAAACAAGCAGACAAAGAUGUUUGUUGGGGCUAUGAAGAUGACUGUAAUAGAAAGAACAUUCCUCUUUAUCCAGUUUGUUCUGUUUUACACAAACUUUGGGCUACUGACUUAAAAAAUCAGUCAGAUCUCUUUUGGCAGACAUCGGAUUUUGGAUAUAUAAAAGAACUUAAAAAGCAGGUCGAAGUUUGCCAGGCAAUAGAGAAGGAUGGAUCCUAUAUGGUUUGCAGCAAGAAUCUAGAGUAUUGUAAAGCUCACAAUAUCAUAAUAAAUUUCACAAGACUUUUGCAUGAAAAUGGGAGACAAACUAACAGGUUUCGUGAAGACAUGUUCACAGACGGUGAUAUUGGUGGUCUGUGUAAGAUAAACAUGUAUGAAAAGCCUGCCUUAACGGGAGUACUACAAUCAUGGUUCAAUGAAUUGUCUCGCUUCAGCUCUGUAAAUUUUACAAAUAAUGAUUGUGACAUUCUCAUAGAACAACCAUCUUUUUUUAUGAAAAUGGAUUCAGGUAUUAAUAUGUAUCACAGGUUCUGUGAUUUUGUCAAUCUUUAUCUCACACAGCAUCUUGCAUCUACCUUCAGUAAAGAUAUUAAUAUCAUCAGAUGGGAUACUAGUAGUCUUGGUUACAGAGAUGAUUUCAACUUCAUGUGGAAUGCAUUUACAAAUAAUCCAGUCAUCUCACUGGAUACAUGGAAGAACAAAACUGUAUGCUUGAAAGAUGCCGUGUUCACUGUACCAUCACGCACAGUCAAGGGUUUCUACUACAACAUGCCGGUUGUCCCUGGUUGCCAUGGUAGCAGCUUCAUUAAUGCCUUUUCCCAACAUGUUUUGCAUCGCCUCCGAGUUGAGCACAAACAGGUGGAUGAAAUCCAAGUGACGUUAAUUGAGAGGAAAGCUUCUCAUCGUAACAUUGUCAACCAAAAUGAGUUGGUUGCUGCUUUAACCAAAAGACCAAAUUUACAUGUCAAAGUCGUGCACCUGAGCAGAAAUUUAUCCUUGAAGGAUCAAUUAAUGUUGAUUCACUCCACUGAUAUUCUUAUUGGUAUCCAUGGUGCUGGCUUUACCCACAUUCUGUUUCUUCCUCAAAGAGCUGUCGUAUUUGAAAUGUAUAAUUGUGAAGACACCUGCUAUGCAAGUUUAAGUCGGCUCCGUGGUCUGUAUUACCUGACAUGGGAAGACGAGUCGAAACUACAGAAACACAACCAGGUACCUCAUCCAUCAUUGAAAAUAGAGCAUCCAAAAUAUUGUGACUACUCUUUUGAGGUUCAGGAAUUUCAACGAAUAGUAAAGCAGGCUGAAGAUCACAUCCUGCAUCACAGAGCUCCCAGGGCUAGAGUUGAACUAUGACAUGGAAGACCCUGGAUGCAUAUCGGAGCUAAUGUUGCAUUACUGUACUGUAUAUGGGAAAAGGGAGCUCAGAUAUUCACAUUUAAACACUGAAAAUUUAUACACUCACAGAAACAAAUUAUAAAGUACUUUUGGUGAAAAUAAUAUUUUUUUUUUAAAUGCCCUUCAUUUUUUCAUUCCUCGUUGAAGGUACUGUAUCAGUAUAAACUUUAAGAGCUCACAUACCAUACCUCCAGCUCCAACCAUGGUCCGGGGACUGACAUACCCUCCUUCAGAGAAGUCCACCAAUGGAUCCCCCUAUUUCAAAGUCUUUGAUCCACCAUUUAAUGAAUCUUCGAAUUAAACACAAAAGAAAACAGAUAUUGGACUAAAUAAAGACAUAAGCCUUAUGCCUGUACGUACUCACUGUAUAUAAAGCAGUAACAUUCUAUAAAGAACUGAUGAAUUCUUGAGUUUUAAGACGAUUGCUAAAUAAAGAAAAGCAAAGUGAUAUGUAA